GCCGACACCAGAAAUAGUGCACUAUUUAGUGGAUAGGGGCGGUUUCGAACACAGCUUCUGUGUCCUCGUCAGAACAUGUGGAUCAACAGACGAGAGCACAGGUGAUUGUUUUAGUACAUCUAACCCGGGAAUUUACACGUGAACGCGAGCAUGGCGGAGAAUGUGUCAGAUCGCUGUGUAAAGUGUCCAGUUUGCGCGGGUGAAUUUGAAACGGGCAGAAUUAAUGCGCACUUGGACGAGUGUUUACAGACUCCUGAUGAGCACGAGUCAUCUGCACCGCCCUCUAAAAAAGCCCGCACUAACACACCUGAGCCGCGUCCUGCUGCCAUAUUCUCCCUGUUUGAGUCCAGAUCUAAAGUGAGCGAUCAGAAACACACGGCUGAAUCAGCAGAAGCCUCCAUCAGUCCGGACUGUCCAUCUGCGACAUCUUCAUCAAGACCACUCAUGCCGAAUACAGAGAAGCCCUUGGCAGAAGUGAUGAGACCCAGCACACUGGAUGAGUAUUUCGGGCAGAAUAAGCUGAUCGGAGAACAGACUCUGCUGAGAUCUCUGCUGCAAUCACAGGACAUCCCGUCUCUGAUCCUCUGGGGGCCUCCCGGCUGUGGCAAGACCACUCUGGCUCACAUUAUUGCCAGUUCCAUUAAGAAGAAAGGCACAGGCCGCUUUGUGACGCUCUCUGCCACCAGCACGUCAACCAGCGAAGUGCGCGAGGUGAUCAAACAGGCUCAGAAUGAGCUCCGUCUGUGCAAGAGAAAGACUGUUUUGUUCAUUGAUGAGAUACAUCGCUUUAACAAAUCCCAGCAGGACACCUUCUUGCCUCACGUGGAGUGUGGGACGAUCACUCUUAUCGGGGCCACCACGGAGAACCCGUCGUUCCAGGUGAACAGCGCGUUACUGAGCCGCUGCAGGGUUCUGGUUCUGGAAAGGCUGUCGGUGGAAGCGAUGAGCUUUAUUCUGCGUCGGGCUGUAGACUAUCUCGGACUGCAGGUGUUGAAGGAUGCAGAUGCAGUGGAACAUGAUGCUGCAGAGCUCCGCUCAGAGCUUCAGGUGUGUAUAGAGCAGAAAGCGCUGGACACUAUAGCGCACCUCUGUGAUGGUGAUGCUCGAGCUGCUCUCAACGGUCUUCAGCUGGCCGUGCAGGCGUGUGUUCUGCAGCUGCGCACCACUUCCUCCAAACCCGACGGAGCUCCUCAGCAGAUCAUAGUGCGAGAGCAACACAUUAAAGAGGGCCUUCAGAGAUCACACAUUCUUUAUGAUAAAGCAGGUGAGGAGCACUACAACUGUAUCUCAGCCCUGCACAAGUCAAUGAGAGGCUCAGAGGAAAACGCUGCCCUCUAUUGGCUGGGCAGAAUGCUGGAGGGAGGUGAAGACCCAUUGUAUGUAGCUCGCAGACUUGUCCGAUUUGCUAGUGAGGAUAUUGGUCUGGCAGAUCCUGUGGCGCUCACUCAGGCUGUAUCAGUGUUUCAGGCCUGUCACUUCAUCGGCAUGCCCGAAUGUGAGGUCAUUCUAGCCCAGUGUGUGGUUUAUAUGGCCAGAGCCCCUAAGUCUGUGGAGGUGUACAAGGCCUAUAAUAAUGUGAAGAGCUGUUUGAGAAACCAUCAAGGCCCAUUACCACCCGUACCCCUCCACCUACGCAACGCCCCUACCAAACUAAUGAAGAAUCUGGGCUACGCGAAAGGAUACAAAUACAACCCAAACUUCAAUGGGCCAGUGGACCAAGAAUACCUUCCUGAGGAACUCAGAGGUGUCAAUUUCUUUACCUGGACACCCUCCAGUUCAUGACUUAAUGAGAAAUGGACUUGAAAGUCUACACUUUUGCUGUUUUCUUCAUCAGUGUUGCCUGCUGUCACUGUCAAAUCACAUAUCUUGCUCAGAGCCAAAUGGUGUGUAUCAUAAAUGGAAAAACUGCAUUUGCAUAUACUGUUAAUAAUUGUUUUAUACCAUGUACGGUUUUAUUAAAAAAAAAAAAAAAUUAUAAUUAAAAUAAUCUGCUCCUCUGUCUGCUGAAAUCAGUGAUUCACCAUGCUUUGAUUCUAUAUACACUGGCGGCCAAAAGUUUUGAAUAAUAUUCAGAUUUUCAGUUUCAGAAGGAAAUUGGUACUUUAAUUCAACAAAGUUGCAUUCAACUGGUCACAAAGUAUAGUCAAGACAUUACUGAUGUUGAAAACAGCACCAUCACUAUUUGAAAAAAGUCAUUUUUGAUCAAAUCUAGACAGCAGCCAUCACUCCAACACCUUAUCCUUGAGUAAUCAUGAUAAAUUGAUCAUUUGGUACUAGAAAAUCACUUGCCAUUAUAUCAAACACAGUUGAAAGCUAUUUGGUUCGUUAAAUGAAGCUUAACAUUGUCUUUGUGUUUGUUUUUGAGUUGCCACAGUAUGCAAUAGACUGGCAUGUCUUAAGGUCAAUAUUAGUUCAAAAAUGGCAAAAAAGAAACAGCUUUCUCUAGAAACACGUCAGUCAAUCAUUGGAAUGAUUGGAAUGAAGGCAAUACAAUGCUUGAAAUUGCCAAAAAACUGAAGAUUUCAUACAAAGGUGUACACUACAGUCUUCAAAGACAAAGGACAACUGGCUCUAACAAGGACAGAAAGAGAUGUGGAAGACCAGAUGUACAACUAAACAAGAGGAUAAGUACAUCAGAGUCUCUAGUUUGAGAAAUAGACUCCUCACAUGUCCUCAGCUGACAGCUUCAUUGAAUUCUACCCGCUCAACACCAGUUUCAUGUACAACAGUAAAGAGAAGACUCAGGGGUGCAGGCCUUAUGGGAAGAAUUGCAAAGAAAAAGACACUUUUUGAAACAGAAAAACAAAAAGAAAAGGUUCGAGUGGGCAAAGAAACAGACAUUGGACAACAGAUAAUUGGAAAAGAGUGUUCUGGAUCUUAACCCCAUUGAGCUUUUGUGGGAUCAGCUAGACUGUAAGAUGCGUGAGAAGUGCCUGACAAGACUAAUUUUCUAUGGCAAGUGCUACAGGAAGUGUGGGGUGAAAUGUUACUUGAGUAUCUGGACAAACUGACAGCUAGAAUAACAAGGAUCUGCAAAGCUGUUAUUGCUGCACGUGGAGGAUUAUUUGAUGAGAGCUCUGAAGUAGUUUAAGAUUUUUUUUCAAACUGUAAUAGUAAUUUUUCACGUUAUUAAUGUCCUGACUAUACAUUGUAAUCAGUUGAAUGCCACUUUGGUGAAUAAAAGUACCAAUUUGUUUCCAUAAGAGCAAAAUCUGUACAUUAUUCCAAACUUUUCACUGCCAGUGUAUAAGUAUUUAAUAAAUGGAAGGGAUAAUGUACAGUCAGCCAGAUGUUAUCAUAAAAUAAAUCCUGACAGGGAGAUCAGAACCCCAAUGUAAAGCGGUGGGCUCUUAUAGGCCUGCGGCCGAAUCAGCCCUGCUGAUUUGUGGCCAUACAGCAUGAUUACAACUGUGAUGUUCUUUGAAAUGUUGUAUAAAAGCAAAAAGUAAAUACAAAUUUGGAAAAACGAAAGACUGUUAAAAAAAAAAAAAAAAACAUUUUUGUGAAUGGAACUACUUUCUCAUGCCACAGAUCAAGAUCUGCUGUUAAUCAGGGAUGCAAAAUCCUCACCAUUUUUAAACCAAAAUUGAUCACUUUUGUGAUUUGUCUAGAUCCAAAGAGUUUUUGUUUGAAGGGGGAUGGUCGGACUCCCUCGUGAUUGAUUACAGCAGUGGCCAAUCGCAUGCUUGGCCACAACAGCGUGUGCACAGUGAUUCUGAGUAAUAUCUCCCUGGGGAAGCAUGUAUAUGGAGAAAAGCAGAGAUCCUAAAACUGAUCUCUGUGGCACUCCAUACUUGUUUGAUUUGACAAUUCCUCAUUUACACAUACAAAGUGGUAGCGGUCUGAUAAAUAGGACCUAAACCAUGCUAAUGCAAGUCCACUAAUGCCAACAUAAUUCUCCAGCCUAUUCAAGAGAAUGUCGUGAUCUAUCAUGUUGAAGGCAGCACUAAGAUAUAAAAGCACUAGAAGAGAAAUGCAGCCGCGAUCAGAUGAUAAGAGCAAGUCAUUUGUAACUCUGAUAAGUACAGUCUCUGUACUGUGAUGAGGCCUAAAUCCUGACUGAAAUUGUUAAUAUAUACUAUUUCUCUGUAGAAAUGAACAUAUUUGGGAGGACACUACCUUUUCUAGUAUUUUCGAUAUAAACGGGAGAUUUGAAAUCGGUCUGUAAUUAGCCAGUUCUCUAGGAUCAAGCUGUGGCUUCUUAAUAAGCGGUUUGAUAACUGCCAUUUUAAAGUUUCUUGGGACAUGUCCUAAGGAUAGCGAGGAGUUAAUAAUAUUAAGAAGAGGUUCUGAGAUUACUGGGAAUACCUCUUUUAAGAGCUUAGUUGGCAUUGGAUCUAACAUACAUGUUGUGGCUUUUGGUUUUUUGAUAAGUUUUGUUAGCUCUUCAUGAACUAUGACAGCGAAGGAUUGAAGUUGCUCGUGAGCAAAAUUAUGAGACUGUUUCUGAGGUGCUGUGACAGUUGAUUGCAUAGUUCCAAUAUUAUUUCUGAUUAUUUCAAUUUUAUCAGUAAAGAAAUUCAUGAAGUCAUUACUAUUGUGCUGCGAUGGAAUAUCUGGUUCAGUCGAUGCUUUAUUCCUAACCAAUUUAGCCACAGUACUGAAUAAACACCUAGGAUUGUUGUGGUUAUUUUCUAUGAGUUUGCUAAAAUAUGCUGACCUGGCAGCUUUUAGUGCCUGUCUGUAGCUACAGACACUAUCCUUCCAUGCACCGCAAAAUACCUCUAAUUUUGUAUUCUUCCACUUGCGCUCCAUUUUCCGAGCUACUCUCUUGAGAGCAUGAGCGUGAUCAUUGUGCCACAGGGCAAGGCUUUUUUCUUUACGUUUUUUUAAUCGAAGGGGGUGACACUAUCAAGAGUGCUAGAGAAGACUGUAUUUAUACUUUCUUUUAUUACAUCAAGUUCUUCUAGACUAUUUGGCUUACUGAGUAUGUGAGACAAUUCUGGAAGAUUAUUAGUGAAGCUAUCUUUAGUGGUCGAAAGAAUAGUUCUACCUGAAUGAUAGUGUGGUAUAGAAUGAGUGACAGCUGAUCGUAACAAACAAGAGACAAGGUAAUGAUCUGAGAUGUCAUCGCUCUGCUGUAGAAUUUAUAUAUUAUCAUCAUCAACUCCAUAUGAAAGAAUUAAAUCUAGUGUAAGAUUAUGGUGAUGAGUUUGUCCUGUCACAUUUUGUCUGACUCCAAGAGAUUUGAGAAUAUCAAUAAAUGCUAAUCCCAAUGUGUCUUUUUCAUUAU